AUGGAGUUGGCGGGGAGUGGAGGUGGAAUGACGGGGUUAAAGAAACUGAGGGAUGAAAAAAAAAAUGAUCAUUUCAGAUCACUACAAUAUUUCAACGUGCCCACCGGAGUUCCUUGUGGAAACCUGAAACAGGACUUUCGAGUGCAGCCCAAGGACGUGAAUCCGGCGUCUGGUGACACAGCCAUCAUGGAAUGCGACCCGCCCAAAGGACAUCCUGAACCAUCGGUGGCAUGGCACAAAAACGGUCAAGCCAUGCCGGCAGACAGCAAAAAAAGAUGGUACAUUGAAGACAAUGGAAACUUGAUCAUUCGUGACGUGAACUCCGAGGACGACGGUUCUUAUACAUGUGUGGCUAGCAAUUUGGCUGGAGUCCGGAAAUCCAAACCGAUUUUGUUGGCGACUCAGAUACGUCCAUACAUGAUACAAGCCCCGAAGGACACUAUAGCCAUGGCUGGUUCCAGUGUACAGUUGCAGUGUAAAAUCGGCGGGACUCCCCAACCGGAAGUGUUCUGGAAAAGAAUAUCGAACACUGGGGUCGCGCAACACAUAAGGACAAGCCAUUAUAGGAAUGAGAAGCUUUCCGGGGACAGGGACACGUUCGAGCACGUUUACAUAACGCAAGACGGCAGUUUGAGAUUAGACAACGUGAGUCCGGAAGACGAGGGGAAGUACGUGUGUCACGCAGAAAAUCACCAGGGCAAAGUAAACGCCGCGUCUUCCCUCACUGUGCACUCUGUCCCGUUAAUCGCCCAAAGACCUGCAGAUACACACGUAUCAGCUGGCAGCAAUGCGGUAUUUGAGUGCGGUGUCCGGGGUAAUCCCAUACCGACGAUUUUCUGGUCCUUGCAAGACAACGACACCGUGCUAUUCCCCGAGGAGAGCUGGAACGAAUUUCACGCCGAAGACACUAAAGAUUCUGUGUCCACGCUGGUCGUACACAACGUCAGGAAAGAACAACACGACCAGUUGGUCGUCAUGUGUUCGGCCAUCAACGAGGCGGGCUCGGACGAGUGGCGAGCCACGUUGACGGUGGCGGGGGCCGCGUAUGACGAUUCCUUACCGCCGAUCAUUGAAUACGGACCAGCCAACCAGACGCUGCCUUACAGUUCGAUUGGUAAUCUCGUAUGCAAAGCGAUCGGAAACCCUCAGCCCGUGAUCACGUGGUACAAGGACGAUUCGCCGCUGUCGACGGAAAUCGCCAGGAUCAACAUCACUGAGUCCGGCACACUCCAAAUAAUGAAUUUGCAAAAGAGCGACAACGGCGUUUACACAUGCGUGGCGUCUUCUGUCAACGGCAAAGCCACGUGGAGUGCCGAACUAAAGAUGGAAUCGCCGAAAAACCCCAACGUGGGUUUUUUCAGGUCGCCGGAUACGUCGACGUUCCCCAGUGCUCCUAGCACGCCUAUUGUCAUCAACCACACUGACACGGCAGUCACCCUGUCAUGGGGUCGUAGCAGCAAGGUCGGAUCGUCACCGCUUCUUGGCUAUCAGGUGGAAAUGUUCUCUUGCGUCGAGAAUCUCGGAUGGGCGACGUUAGUUCGGAGACUUCACUCGACUCACUACACGCAGUCGUUCUUAAAACCUGGCCAGUCCUAUUUGUUUGUUGUGCGCGCCGAAAACUCACAUGGCCUCUCCGCACCUAGCCACCUGUCCAACCGCAUCUCGUUGCCCACAGAGUACCGACAGAGCAUAUCGUUUUCCCACGAUAUGUCCAUCGCCAAGUCUACUCUGUUCGGAGGCCAUAUCGUAGACCUCAUCGAUAUAAAGACUGUCAGCUCGACUUCAAUAAAACUUUUCUGGGAGAUUCUCAACGGAGAGUUUUUGGAAGGUUUUUAUCUGUACUACCGCAGUAAGAACACGACCGGCCAAAAUGCCACGUUCAUGAAACUCUUAUCGAACGCCACUGAACUGUCUGGAGCGUACGUGAUCAACUCGCUACAGCCGUCGGUCACAUAUCUAUUUUUCUUGGUGCCUUUCUACAGACACAUCAAAGGUCGACCUUCGAAUUCAAGGACCGCAAAAACACACGAGGACUGCCCGUCUCGAGCACCUCAACAUAUCGAACCGACUGCGUACAACUCCAGUGCGGUGUACCUGAAGUGGGAUCCGCCGCCAGACAACUCGCACAACGGCGUCAUCACCAGUUACCAGGUAGUCAUACAAGGUGGUGCCAGUUGGGACGUGCUGAGCAACGUGACGGUCAGUGCCAGUACACCCACUCUGCUCCUGACCAACCUCACGUCGGGUGUACGGUAUAAGGUCAUGAUCGCGGCAGCGACGAAAAUCGGUUUCGGCCCUUACACGGAUUCGAUCAUAUUGCCGACGGAUUCUAUGAACCAAAUAAAUCAAUUUAACGACGCGGUCAUUGAUCACGAAGAAAUCAAAGAAUUCGUUGCUGAACCAUGGUUCAUCCUGUUGUUGGCCGGAGUCAUUACGUUAAUGGUCAUACUACUGGCCGCUGUACUCUUCGUCAGAUACCGUCAGUUGGGUGCUAAAAAAUCGCACUUAGGAGAUUCAUUAAACCCUGCCAACAAACUGUCCUAUUCGUCUGGUUUCAAAACUACUUUGGACGUGUCACACCGAGGACAGGUAGCGUCGUUUUUGCAAUCCGAACACAGCGUGUCGAACAGUCAACGGUGUCUAUUCAUCGACGCGAACUCGUGUCACAAACCCAAUUGGAUGCAUCAUGAUAUUGAUAGUAACGAAAAAGAUUCUAGCCAACAGCUCUUACCAGAAAUCGCCGACUAUGCAGAAGUGAAUCCGAACACAAUGAGUACAUUUUUAAAGGAUCGUGAACUGUCGUCUCCGGCCCCUUACGCGACGACUACGUUGGUGUCGAACUCGAGUUCUAGAAAUAUGAGACGUAACUCCGAUGAUACAGCUUACGCUUCGGCCAAUAUUUAUAACCGUAAUCAGAACAUAUAUUCUGAAAGUGGGUAUAGCUGUUGUUCGAGUAAUAAUGACUGCCAGGGCUGCGCAGACGAUUGUGGGAGCAUGCAAGGCGUUCCUGUGUCAGUCGUUCUGAGCGGUUGUGGCCGGAAAACGUUCAGCGAAGUGUCUCACCACAGCAACAAAAGCGGUUCGAGGUUCAAUAAUUACCCGCCAUAUUCGUCUAGGCAGCGAGCCCUGAUGCGCACCACUUGUUCAUCCAACGGCUAUCACUACGUGGACCCUACGAUCAUCGGGCCGAUGACCAACAGCUACACCAACGGCUACGGUCGUGACUGUGCUCCGCCAGACGUGGUCGGUCAGCAGCAAAGGUCGCCGUGCUACACCGAGGCGGGCGCAGUCAGUAGCUCUCAAAACAUCUCGUGA